AUGAGCAGCUCUGCUCUGAAUGGCGACAGCAGCAAUUCGACCGACAUGUCUAUAAGCAAUUUCGUGUCAAAGUCAUCUCGCAGCACAAAACGCAAGGGUGACUCAUUGUCCGGCUUAUCAAAAAAGGGAAAAGGCGAAAGCUCGUUUUCCAAGCUCGCCGUUUUUGGAUAUCCCGUAGAACAUCCUUUCAACAAAGAUGGUUAUCGUUACUUUCUAGCAGAACCGGAUCCACAUGCCCCGUUCAAACAGGAGUUCGAUGAAAGCCACGAUACAGCAGGCAAGCCGAUUCCUAGUUUUAUGUACCGUGUAGUAAGACCGUUGAUAGUGCAGUUUUCUUUUCAUGAUCGAGCUCCGCAGAUCAAGUUGUCUGACGACCGACUGACGGCAACUGGCGAGAAGGGAUACUCGAUCGUGCGAGCGAGCCAUGGCGUGUCGCGAGGCACUUGGUUCUGUGAAAUGAAAGUAGUCGACCAAUCCGAGGGAUCACAUUCCAGAAUCGGAUGGUCACAGUCACUCGGUGAGCGAUUUGUCACAGCGUAA